AUUGUUCCAUUUCCUCUCCCAUUUUUCUGUACAAUCUACUACUCGAGAGAGAGAGAGAAAAGAGAGAGAGGAAGUUCGCUUGCGCUAGAUGGGUGCUACGGGUUCUAAGCUCGAGAAGGCCCUCGGCGAUCAGUUCCCCGAAACGGAGAGGUAUUUCGGCCUUGAGAAUUUUGGCAACACUUGCUAUUGCAACAGCGUCUUACAGGCUCUUUAUUUCUGCGUUCCUUUUCGUGAGCAGCUACUGGAAUAUUAUGCAAAUAAUAAGAAUCCUGCAGAUGCAGAAGAAAAUCUGUUGAUGUGUCUGGCAGACUUAUUUACACAGAUAAGUUCCCAGAAGAAAAAGACGGGUGUCAUUGCUCCUAAGCGCUUUGUACAACGGUUAAAAAAACAGAAUGAGUUAUUUAGGAGCUAUAUGCACCAGGAUGCCCAUGAAUUUUUGAACUAUUUGCUGAAUGAACUUGUUGAAAUAUUGGAGAAAGAGGCUCAUGAUGUAAAGAGUGAUCAAGAAACAUCUUCACCAACAGAAAAAGUUUCCGAUCCAAAUGGGCAAGCUUCACAACCCAAUGGUCCUAAAAAAGAUACUUUAGUCACAUGGGUCCACAAAAAUUUUCAGGGUAUACUGACAAAUGAAACUAGGUGCUUGAGGUGUGAGACAGUAACUGCGAGGGACGAAACAUUCUUGGACCUGAGCGUUGACAUUGAACAGAACAGCUCAAUUACUAGCUGUUUGAAGAAUUUCAGCUCCACUGAGACUUUGAAUGCGGAAGACAAAUUCUUUUGUGAUAAAUGUUGCAGUUUGCAGGAAGCCCAGAAGAGAAUGAAGAUAAAGAAGCCUCCCCAUAUACUUGUAAUCCAUCUGAAGCGAUUCAAGUAUAUGGAGCAGUUGGGUCGAUACAAGAAACUAUCGUAUCGUGUAGUAUUCCCACUCGAACUGAAACUGAGCAACACAGUUGAAGAUGCGGAUUCAGAGUAUUCCCUAUUUGCUGUGGUAGUCCAUGUUGGCAGUGGGCCUAACCACGGACACUAUGUUAGCCUGGUGAAGAGCCAUAACCAUUGGUUGUUCUUCGACGAUGAAAAUGUGGAGAUGAUUGAAGAAUCUGCUGUACAGACUUUCUUUGGGUCUGCUCAGGAAUACUCUAGCAAUACUGAUCAUGGAUAUAUUCUGUUCUAUGAAAGAAUAUCUCCGUCUACUUGAGAUGAAUGAAAUCUUUCAUGAGUGUUGUGAAAUUCCCGUGUGGGUUUGACUUUGGUGUACAGUUUAAGACUCAAAUCCUAAUUUUAUUUUCUUUUUUCUCAAGACCUAACUCACAAAGACAAUGAGUCAAUGACCACAAAUAAUGUAAAACUCAUUUAAGUUACAUCCUGAUACGAAGAAGGCGAAUUAAACUCAUAUUUAUAUUGUUUUUUUUAUUAUUU